UUGAGUGAGCCCAGCCUUGAGACGUGUAUUGUUGAAUGUUUUCAGUGUACUUUGCUGUGCGAUUGGUAAGAAGUAUGUGGUGACUCUCAAGCAAUGAAAAUGGAAGCAUUGUUCACGACCGGAAGAUGAGGUUUCCUUUAUUAUGGUGAUCCAUCAAGAUUCAUCACCUCGUUUUAAUUCAUUUUCCAAGUUCACCGUGAUGAGUUAAUGGGAGCGAGGCCUACUUUUGUGUGAAAGUGUACCUAAUAGCUCAAGAUAUUGGGUCAGUUACAAGCUCAAUGAAAGGUGCAUUUAAUACUGUAUUUUUGAUACAAGCCCAUAGUAACUUUCUUUGAAAGUCUACCUGCAUUUACCACUGUUCAAGAUUCUGAUUUGGUCAGCGUCAUCCAUUUGUAUGAUCAAGCAUGUCCAUCAGAAGUGUGCUUACCAGAGACCUUAAUGAGAGCAUCCGGUCAUGUCUGGGCCGGUCGGUGAAAAUAUCCAUGAAGUGCAUGGUCCGAAUGGAAACGAAACAGGACAAGUUCGAGAACCGGGUCCUGGCGUUCUCAGCAUGUCGUUUGUUCAUCAUGACGGCCAAGGUUCCAUCCCGGAUUGACCAUCAUUUCCACUACCUGGAUAUUCAGGCCAUCGAGAGCAAGCACCCGAACGAGUUUUGUCUGGUGGUGAACGACAAGCGCUACACGUUCAUCCCGGCUGACGAGCGGCACAACGAAAUUGACGCCAUGAUCACCAACCUGGGCGUCUCCAUCAAGAAUGUGUUCCCCACGGUGCCACUCAGCCACAUAGUUCGGAAGGUGGAGGUGGUGCCGGCCCGCCGGCUGCAGAAACUGCACGAGGUGGCGCGGCUGGUGGAGGCGCGCGAGCCCGUGCCGUGCGGCGGGUUCUCCACCCAGUACGCCUGCAUGUGCGACUACCACAACCUGCCCUACCGGGACGAGGUGGCCUGGGAUGUGGACACUAUCUACUUGUCUCACGACUCCCGGGAGCUCAGUCUGCAAGACUUCGACCACCUCGAUCCCAAAGAUCUGGUGCCCAUCAUCUCUGCUCUCGAGUACAACACGUGGUUCACCAAGCUACGCAUCUCUCACCUGAGGCUCUCCCACGAGGCCGCCGAGCGGCUGCUGCACGUGCUGAAGAAGUCCGUCAGUCUGGAGGAGGUCUACCUCGACAACACCGGCCUGAAGGCCGACUACGCGAGCAAGCUGUCGAUGGCGCUGCUGGCCAACUCCAGCUCUCUCCUGACUGUGCUGGACGUAUCUCACAACCCCAUCGAAGACAAAGGUGUAUCCCACUUUGUACCGGCCAUUGCCAAGCUGGCGGAGACUCCACCAGGCGCGUCUCACCUGACGGGCCCGGUGGGCCGCGCCGCCAAGGGGCUCCGGCAGCUGGCCUUCUCCCACUGCGGCCUGACCGCCAAGGGCGUGAACCACCUGUGUCACGCGCUCAGUCUGAACCGUACCAUGGCCACCACGCUGACCACACUCGACCUGAGCGGUAACAACAUGAAGGAGGAGGUGACCAACCUGUACAACUUCCUGGCGCAGCCGAACGCCGUGCAGUCGCUCAACGUCAGCUCCUGCGACCUGCUGCUCGACUCGAUAUUCGGCGCGCUUCUGCGCGGCUGUACCCAGAACCUAUCGCGGCUGGACAUAUCCAAGAACGUCUUCAACACGAAAAAGUCCAAGGACAUUCCGCCUUCGUUCAAGCAGUUCUUCACUAGCACCAUCGCGCUCAAGUAUCUCAACUGUUCAGGAUGUCGCAUGCCGCUAGAGGCUCUCAAAAACCUGCUGCUGGGCCUGGCCUGUAACGAAUCCACCGAGGACGUGGAGCUGGACCUCAGCUCCAACGGACUGGGAUCCACCGGCGCACACGUCCUCGAGUCGUGUAUUCACGGCGUCAAGUGCGUCUCGUCGCUGGAUAUCAGCGAAAACGGUCUGGAGCAGGACCUCUCUGGCGUGGUAACAGCCGUCAGCCGCAACAAGUCGGUCCGCACCCUAAAAAUGGGCCGAAACCUGAUCAACAUCAAGUCGAAGCACGUCCACCACGUGGUCGAGGCCGUGGUGCAAAUGAUACAGGAGGACGACUGUAUGGUGGAGGUGCUGCACCUGAACGACUCCCGACUCAAGUCGGACCUCUACAGCCUACUCAACGCCCUCGGCAGCAACAGCUGUCUCCAGACGCUCGACAUCAGCGGUAACCUGAUGGGCGACACGGGCGCUCGACUCCUCUCCAAAGCACUCCAGAUCAACUGCCGGCUGCGGCAGAUCUGUCUGGACAGAAACGGCAUCAGCCUGCAGGGACUGUCGGACAUCGCCUACGGACUUCAAUGUAACUACACCCUGAAGUACAUCCCGGCGCCGCUGCACGACCUCACGCCCUGUAUGAAGCUCUCUCCGGAGCGGACAGAAGCCGUGUGGCGCCGUCUGCAGGACCUGCUACAUCGAAACACUGCGCCCCGCGGCCGGCCCAGCGGCCAGGCCUUCCGGCUACAGCAGGGUCUUCUGCUGAGCAGCGCCCAGCAGAUGCUGGACCGGCUGGUGGCGCAGAUCCGCGAGCAGGUGCGCACCCUGCGAGAGGCCGGCGGCGCCGCCACAGAGGCCGAGCGGCCGCCCGAGCAGGCUAUCGCGCGGGCAGAGGCCGUCUGCGGAGACGCCCAGCGCUGCAAACAGUUAAUGAGUCGUCUACACGCUGUGGUGACUGAACGGGAGGCGGCUGGCAGUCCGGUGGAGCUCCGUCUUAGUCAGGUGGCCGAGGAACUGCACACCGUCAUAGCCGAGCACAUCGAGGGCACUGUGGACCGUAUGUUGGACACGGCCGAGGCCGAGUGUCCCCACGUCCUCGUCUCCUCCGUGCGGGAGGCUGUGCGCGCCACCGGAGCCGAGCGGCUGCGACUGGCCCUGCCCUCGGAAAAGGUGGGCGCCGGCCUGCAGCGCGCCGGCUCCGAGCUAGCCGAACGAGUCAACGAGCUUCACCUGAACGUGGCCGGCCAGGUCAGCGACCGCAUCGUGGAUGAGGUCAUCGAGAGCCUCACCAGGAGCUACCAGGAGCUGACGGGCGACGUGACACGGCGGCGGGCGUGCACGCCGGACGUGCUCAAGUCGCACCCGCGCCUCUCGGGCGAUGUGGACAGUGUGGGUGGUGGCGGCGAGUCCAGCCGCUCCCGGGAGGACGUGACCAGCGAGCAGAGCUCCGACCUCUCGCCGCCGGCCACGCCGCAGCUGCACGCCAAAAAGCUGAACCUGCAGGGCAGGAAGACCCGGCCCAAGUCGGUCGUCGGUCUGCCCCUGUUCCGGUGUAACUUGGAUGUGUACAACUCCGUGGAGGGCGUCUCGGCCGACCACUUUCCCGAUCUGCUGCCGAGUCUGGAGGACACAGAGGAAGAGAUUGACACGGUGUCGGAGCUGCCAGCGCCGGCGCACCAGCUGCGGCACCUGGGCAAGGCGCGGCCGCGGCGAGCCAAGAGCCGCGCGCCCACCCGGCCCGUGGUCGGCGAGGAGGGUGCCGGGCUGGACUCGGGCCUGGACGCGUUCUUCCCACCGGCACGCUCGCUGCCGAGCAGCCCGCUCACAUCGCCCGACUCCGAGUCCAGGCAGCUGAUGACCACCUCUGCCGACAACACGCCCCACCUGGGUCUGGACCGGACGCGCCGCUCGUCCGCGCUCCGAGACGACGAGGCGCAACGCGACCGUAAGAGCUCCGGCAGCGCCGGCAGCGGUGGUGGGGUGAAGAAGGGCAUCUCCUCUGUGUUCAGUAAGCUGGCGGCCGACCGAGUGGCUCGCUCCCGAGAGGACCGAGACGGGGACGGCGGCAAGAGUGGCAGGAAGGGAGCCGGUGCCGAUACUCUAGCCGAUAGCGACUCGUCGGCCGGAUCAGGGAGCGCGGACAGUUUUCUGAAUCACCUGCUGUCGCCGGUGGUGGUCCCUCCACCGGGCGAGGGCGACUCGACCGUCGAGCCGGCGGCUCUCCGGCGACCGGCCGGCCUCGGCGGCUCCGACCUGCUGGCAGAAAUGCGCGCCAAACAGGAAAAGCGCGCCAGCCUCACACCCAAACACACUCCUGAGGAGUUGGAGGAGCGCUCGCCGCUCCAGGAAGUGAAGGGUCGCGCCGCCGCGCUGGCUGCCGCCGCCGCCAUCAAGUCGCCGCCAGCCGCCCCACACGGCCCGCCCUCCAUCAGUCCCAAGCCGAGUCUGGCCAGUAAACCCAAGCAGGCGUCGCCGCUACCGGGCCAGGGCCGGCCGCCGCCGCUGCCGCCCGGGCCCAAGCCGCGGCCGCGCUCCAUGGCGGCGCGAACGGAGCACCGACACUCGGGUGGCGGUAGUGUGUCCAGUGGCGAGGCCGAUGAUGCCGCGGGGGCGGCCAGCCCGCCUGCGGUCGACAGCGGCCCGGAGUCGUGGAACUCUCGGCCAGUCGACCCGGCGCCCGCAGUCACCGACGGCGCACCAGAUGGAAGCACCGGUUCACCGAGUGUCCAGCGCCCGCGCAGGCCGCUCACGACGGCUGAACUCCAGAGUCUGAUGGAGAGCUCAGUUGACGGGCCGCCGCCGGUCGCUGCGCUCAACCCUGACGCCGCUGCCGCCGGCGCCGUGCCGGCGUCUCCCGUGCCAAAACUGGUGCUGGACCCUUCCUUCUCCCUGGAUGACGUCAUCAACGUGUAGCCGGCCUGUGGGGAUGACGUCAUCUGACUGUGUGCAGUCGGCCGACUGGCCAGUUCAAUACUCUCGGCGCCGUGACGUCACAGUGCGUAUGUAUGACGUCACCGGCCUCCAGCGGUGCCUUGGACGAUGCGACCGCUGACUCGCGCGUCCGAUGGCUCCACUCUGCAGCUUUUCGGCAUUUAUCUCAACAGGGCGCACAACGACGCUGUUUGGCGUGCGUGGGCGCUUGUCUGCUCGUGCGCGCAUGGUGAGACUCCGCAUAUGUAUUUGCUUGCGUGAAAACGACGGAACCUACCUGCAUUUGUAGGCGUGUAAGAGUGGUUUGCGAUUGAGUGAGAGCGCGAGAGAGCGAGUAGGCUCCGCUGGCUCGGGAGCGUUUCUGAAGCUGGGUUGGGGCCGGGGAGGGAUGGGAGGUGCAUAUAGACUGAGUUGCUGGCGCGAUGGAUCCCUCUGCAGAGGGGACGGGCCGCCCCCCGGCGCUGCUGUGACAACCGAGACGCACCAAUCCGGCGCGCACCAAAUCGCUGAUUUGUUGUCUACAUCGGGCGCCCCGCGCUGCCGCCACUGUGAGAUUGAUUGUGUUAUCGUCUAUUAUGUUCGAGGUACCAGCCGUUAUAUUUUAUAUUUAUAUCUGCCGAGUAUAUUCGAUGAUAUAUACAGUUACGACAUGCCA